UAUAAAAGGAACUGACAAACAAAAACAAAACGAUCAGUGUUAUAAUCAUGUGGAAUAUUCAUUAAAGCUCUUAAGCUCAGUCUGUGAACGGUUUGCGAUCGUGAGGACAACAUUAGUAUUAAUUCUCUUUAGAAAACGUACAAGACAAUAAAAACGGCAACAGACAUAGUUUUAUUACAAUACUCAUGCAUUAAAUAGUUAUGCGAAUACAUAUAUUCGUUGCUUGUAGAUGCAGAAACGGGAAUGUCGUCCAACUCCAAUGACAUCAUGACCUUGUUGGCGAACCUCAGUGUGGGAAACAAUGCCAAUCUUUCCAUGCCGGGAAACUCGUCAGAGAGCAUACUAAAGGAUCCCUUGAUAUCACUGAUUGUCCCGGUUAUUAUAUUCGCUUUAGGUGUGUUCGGAAAUAUCCUCGCGAUCAUCGUGCUACUGCGUUCAUCUCGUGAACACAAGCAGUCCGUGUUUUAUCGUCUGGUCGGAGCGUUGGCAUGCACGGAUUUGUUUGGUACGUGUUCAACGGCACCAGUGAUAUUAGCAGUGUACGCAAAUAACCUGGAAUGGGUCGGCGGAAAAUUUACUUGCCACUACGAAUCUUUCGUGCUUAUAUUCGCAGGAUAUUCCACAGUAUUUAUAGUUGGAACAAUGGCGGUGGACCGCUUUUUGGCAAUCAUGUGUCCGUUCUUUUACGACAAUCAUAUUACAAAAAGCCGCGCAUCAUUUGGGCUAGUUUGCUUAUGGAUAUUUGCGGCAGUGCUCGGCUUUUUACCAAUCUUGGGCCUAGGUGAGAAUGUAAAACACUAUCCUGGAACAUGGUGUUUUUUCACCUUCAACAGUUCAGACAUUAAAAACCAGAUAUUCGCCUAUUCCUAUGCGUCCAUUGGCUUGGCGGUUGUCUUCGUAACCGCGAUUUUCAACUUCCUUGUGACGUACACGCUCCUGCAGUUACGACGUAAGACGGUGCGCUCUAACAACAUAAGCAUCAAGAAGAUCAACGACAGCGAGCUGCAGAUGAUGGUACUUCUGAUGGGCAUCAUCGUCAUUUUUUCAACUUGCUGGUGUCCCUUCCUGAUCCGGAUUCUCAUCAACCAAUCCAACUUCGGGCUGUGGACGUUCGAGCGGACAUGCACGCACUGCGACUGGCAAUUUGCAAUCAGAUCAUCGACCCUUGGGUCUACAUCCUGUUUCGCAAGGAGUUCUUUAUUCGAUCCUUCAAAUUCCUUAAGGCACUCGUUCAGUCCGUUUGCAAACGCAAGCCCUUGACUAAUGAUGUUACUCAUGGCGUACAGCAGGCGAGCUUCUCAACAAAUCUGUUUAAACCAGAUAAUGAAAACUGCACCUCUGCAAUAAAAUUGACAAAAUUAAGUUCAUUGGCAGACGAGCGACAUUAAGCUCCAUUUGCACGCACAGCUCAGCAUAGGUGAUCUUCAUAAUUUCAAGUCGAGACAAACGUCGUGCGGAACCGUACUGCACCUCAAGCAUUCUGCUGCGUCUGUUGUACCUCUACAAUCAUCGUGAAACAUAACAUGUUGGUGUUUCAAAGACAAACAAAGUUUUAGAACAUACCAGGAGAGAUGGAGCUGACAGUAGGUUCCGAUGGGACUGAAAUCUUCUGCACUUGCCCAGACACAUGUUGAUUCGGGAAGAACACGCGUCGCAGGAGAUAUGUGAAUGCAGCUAGAAGAACACGCAAGCAAGCUUAUAAUGAAAACAACAAUGUUAUUAGCGGAGGACUUUAGAUGGUAGAAGUUCCGUGUAAAAAUGUAGGAUCGUUUUUGUACUUUGGCUGGCAACCAACAUGUUUAACCAUGUUACAUGUGAACAUAUUCACCGUCAGUUUUGGCAAAAAUUUGAUAUACCUCGCGAAAUAUUGGUUUUGUUUCUCGCUGUGUUCAUGUUUGUUUGAUUGAACUUGUUUUCUGUCAUUGCUAGAAAAUGUACGUAUUAGUUUCCGAACGACUAUUAUUUUUCACCCUAAUGAAAAACUUUGUUUAAACAUAUUUUAUUUCAAGAACAAUCAUAUUAUAUACAAAGUAUGCAUACAUAGUUACAAUUGAUUUACAUGUUCUGAAAAUGGAUAAGAACGAAAGACCAAGUCUUGUAUAGUUCUUCUCCGUACAUAUUGUUUGCAGGAUUGUAACUUUACGAUUCAGUGGGUGGUUAUAAUGUUUAGUAAACAUACAAUAAGACCUUUUAAACAAAAGAAGGAAACUUGUAAUAUAGAAGGAAAAAUAAAAAUAAAGGAAA